UUCAUUCAGUCUCUUUAGACAGGCAGCGUGGAAAGAUGGUGCUCGAUCUUGACCUGUUUCGGACAGACAAAGGCGGUGAUCCAGAAAUCAUCCGUGAAACUCAGAGAAAGAGGUUUAAAGAUGUGACGCUGGUUGAUAAGUUGGUCGCCGCAGACACAGAAUGGAGAAAAUGCCGCUUCACUGCAGACAACCUGAACAAAGCAAAGAACCUUUGCAGCAAGAGCAUUGGGGAGAAAAUGAAGAAGAAGGAGCCAGUUGGGGAAGAUGAGUCUGUACCAGAAGAAGCACAAAAUCUGGAGUCCCUAACACCUGAAACACUCUCAGCCCUGACAGUUACGCAGAUCAAAAAGGUGCGUUUACUUGUGGAUGAGGCAGUGGAUACAACUGACAAGGAGAGGAUAAGGCUGGAAGCAGAGCGCUUCGAGUACCUGAGGGAGAUUGGCAACCUCCUGCACCCAUCUGUACCGAUUAGCAAUGAUGAGGAUGCAGACAACAAGGUGGAGCGUACCUGGGGUGACUGCAGCGUGCAGAAGAAGUACUCCCACGUUGACCUGGUGGUUAUGAUUGACGGUUUUGAUGGCGAGAGAGGUGCUAUUGUUGCUGGGAGCAGAGGUUAUUUUCUGAAGGGUCCACUGGUGUUCCUGGAGCAGGCUUUGAUCAACUUUGCCCUCAGGGUUCUGCACAGCAAGAACUACACUAUGUUGUACACACCCUUCUUCAUGAGGAAGGAGGUGAUGCAGGAGGUGGCCCAGCUCAGUCAGUUUGAUGAAGAGCUUUACAAGGUCAUCGGUAAGGGCAGUGAGAAGUCAGACGACAGCUCCAUAGAUGAGAAAUACCUCAUUGCCACCUCUGAGCAGCCCAUCGCAGCCUUCUUGAGAGAGGAGUGGCUGAAACCUGAGGACCUGCCCAUUCGCUACGCUGGUUUCUCCACCUGCUUCAGACAGGAAGUGGGCUCCCAUGGACGAGACACCCGGGGGAUCUUCAGGGUGCACCAGUUUGAAAAGAUCGAGCAGUUUAUCUAUGCAUCUCCACAUGAUGGCAAAUCCUGGGAGAUGUUUGAUGAGAUGAUUGGAACAGCAGAAGAGUUCUACCAGUCACUAGGAAUUCCUUAUCGUAUCGUCAACAUCGUCUCCGGCGCCCUAAAUCAUGCAGCCAGUAAAAAGCUGGAUCUGGAAGCCUGGUUCCCAGGCUCUGGUGCCUUCAGAGAGCUUGUCUCCUGCUCAAACUGCACAGACUACCAGGCCAGACGUCUCCGCAUCCGCUACGGACAGACCAAAAAGAUGAUGGACAAGGCAGAGUUUGUACACAUGUUGAACGCUACUAUGUGCGCCACCACACGUGUGAUGUGUGCUAUCCUGGAGAACUACCAGACAGAAGAAGGCAUCAUUGUGCCAGAGAAGCUCAGGGAGUUCAUGCCUCCUGGGCUGACAGAGAUCAUUAAGUUUGUUAAGCCGGCCCCCAUUGAUCAGGAGAUGUCUAAAAAGGCAAAGAAACAGCAGGACGGAGGGAAGAAGAAGAAGAAGCAAGAAGGAGAUCAGAACCUCCCCAACGCCAUGGAGACCAUGUCUGUCAACGACUCAUAGACUAGUAACACGUCACAGCCUCCCCAGAUACAAACUGAUGGAACAGAGCCUGAUGCUGAAUCGGUUCUGCUGCUUUUCUCAGACUGAAAAUGAUAAAGGUUAGAAAAACGACUCGAUCUCCUUUUAAAGGCGAUAUUUAUCUUAUAAUGAAGGAUUGGCUCUGUCUCAUCGAUAAACAUCUGAGCGGAUGGUUUAUUCAUCUCAUCCCCUCAUUCACAUAAAGCACACUGAAAAAGGGAUGCGCUCGCCCCUCUGUCCACUACGUCUGUCACUUCCUCAUAUUUCAGCAACAGCGAGUCUAAAACCAGCAGGUAAAGAUUUCCUCUACAGCCUGUCGAUAUAUUCAGAUAAUCUUCAGUAAACCUCAAGCUUCACUUUCUUACUGGUCAGUAGUUUUUGUUACUGGUUCAAGGGAAAGAAGCCAAUCAAAUGUCAUGUAGAUGUUUAUUUUUCCAGUGCAGUUUAAGUAUGUUUGGUUUGAUUACACCAACCUGCAUCUGCUGUUUGAUUACUUCCUGUCUGAAAUGGUUCUGAAAUCUUUACGAAAAUGUAGAAAAACCACUUUGGGUACAUUUAGGUGUGUUUACCGUCUGUUUUAGGCUUCUCAUGUUUCUUCACCAUCAUCAUUCACCAUUGUUGCUUGGAGUCACUCGUGACCAAGACAUUCUCUGUAUGAACAUGCUAAUAUGAAAUAUAUAUAUAUGAAUGCGCAUUAAUGACGUGGCACUCGCUGUACAAAAAUAAAUACAGUUGAAAUGGG